GUCUAGGAAAGAUAUUGGUGGUGAAAAUGAGCGACAAUUCAGAAUUAGAGUCUCCUUUAACAGAAAAAGAGCUUGCCAUUGCUCGCAAAUAUGACUUGACUCCAAAAGUUAUUCCUUUUUUGGAUAGACACUUGAUAUAUCCUUUGAUUGAAUCCUCCGAGUUAUUAUAUGAUGAGAAGACUGUAAACCAGUUGAUUUAUGAUUUAUUGAAGGAUACAAAUAUGAUUAGUUUUAUCAAAGAUCAAUAUUCUUUGUUGAAUCCUGAUGCUGAGUUAUUUCCAAAAGAACUAGUUGAGAAGGAAAAGUUUAUUGAAAAGGAACUAUUGAGAUUAGAAAAUGAGACUGAACAUACAUUAGAUAUUUUAUCUAGAAAGGAGGUUCAGGAACAUUUGAAGCAAGAUAAAACAUAUAAUUGGGAAUAUUUAGAGAAAGAGCAUGGUAUUAGUGAAAAAGAUAUCAAUGCUCUUUAUGAAUUCGGUCAGUUUCAAUAUAAUCGUGGGGAUUAUGUUAUGGCAAGUGAUUUAUUAAACAAUUUUAAAGUUCUAUCUACCAAUGGAGAAUUAAUUGUAUUUGCUACCUGGGGUAGGUUUGCUUCAGAAAUAAUUACUUUGCAAUGGGAUACUGCACUACAAGAACUAAGUAAAUUGAGAGAAGUAGUCGAUUCUCGUUCUAUGAAGGAUCCUUUGCUUCAAUUACACCAUAGAACCUGGAUUAUUCAUUGGGCUUUAUUUCCAUUUUUCAAUACCGAUCAAAAUGGAUUGGACCAAUUAUGUGAUUUAUUUUUUUCAUCAUCAUAUUUAUCAACCAUUCAAGCUUCAUGUCCAUGGUUGUUGCGUUAUUUGGUUGCUGCUGUUGUUUCUACAUCUUCUAAAUCUCAUUCAUCUCCAACUUUUCAAAAGAGAUUAAAAGAUUUAAUCAGAGUAGUUGAACAAGAACAAUAUGAAUAUAAUGAUCCAUUAACUGAUUUUAUCAAGGCUCUUUAUAUUGAUUUUGAUUUUGAUCAAGCUAGAUUUAAAUUAGAAGAAGUUGCAGCAAUUAUUAAAACCGAUUUCUUUUUAGUUAAUGGCGGUGGAUCAUUUUUAGAAAACGCUAGAUAUUUGAUUAGCGAAGUUUAUUGUAGAGUCCACCAAACUAUUGACUUAAAUUUAUUAUCAAAAUCAUUGAAUUUAUCAAAAGACGAUGGAGAAAAAUGGAUUGCGAAAUUAAUUAGAGAUUCCAAAAUGGAUGCUAAAAUCAAUGAAAGUGAUGGUACAGUUGUUAUGAAUCAUCCAGUUUCUGGUAUUUACCAAGAAGUGAUUGAGAAGACCAAAGGUUUAUCAUUCAGAUCUAAUCAAGUUUUACUUUCCGCCAUGCAAAAAUCUGUUGAUUGAAUUUAGUUACAUUAUUUCUCUUUUAGUUCUUCACGAUUUUUUUUUUAUAU